UUGCCCUCUCGACCCCAUAUGCUAGGGGACUAUCCCAGGGCUCCAUCGUUUGCCCUCCGUCUGUCCACAUGAUUUCAGUGACCUCUCUUCCUAGCUCUUGGGGUGUGGCGCCUGGGUUGCUUACCACUCUGCCCCUGUCACAGGAAACGGGGAGGGACUCUGAAGUAGUCUGAAUCUGGACCAGGCCCAUCUCCUCUCACCCUGUGGGGUGGGAGAUGUACUCAGUGGCACUGCGCCCCGUUCUGUGUUCUCUAUACUGAGUUUGUAUACUAGAAACAAAACUUCGUGGGUCAGGUUACCCACUCUGACUUGUGAGGAGGGAGGUAGUCUCCCUCAUUUAGGAUCUGACCUGCCUUGUCUGUUUAUUUAAAGGGAGGAGUGCUUGAGAUGGGUAGAGGGGAGCUAGCUGUGUCUGUGGGGCCUUGGGAUGUGCUGAGCAGCACGGGAGGUGAGUGCUCACGGAGCCCGGUGACUUUCAAGGCCUGCCGCCCCACUCUGAGAAACUGCUUAAACUUCCUUGUGCUUAGUUCCUCUCUGGGAGAUGAGGCAGGUGAUACAGGUUCCACACAUUCCUUACCAGAGAACACUGAGGCUCAGAGAGGGAGGAGCUAGCCUUCCCUCACACAGCAUAACCAGUUCCCAGGAUCCCAAGGGCCCUCCCUCCCUUCCAACAGGUUUCCUCAGUAUCCUCUCUGCUCCUGGCCAGCCAGGGGUACCCCUUGCUUCCUCCCCCUUGCAGGGUGAGGGCCUGGGUGGAGCUGUGACAACCAGAGAGGGUGAGAACCCAGUGUGUGGGACUGAUGAGGGAGACCCCUCCCUCAGCUAGGCUUCUGUGGGGGUUGGGAGGGAGCUUGGUGGAAAGGGUCCACCCUAGCUUGUGACUGGGGCUCGGGGACCACUGAGGCCCCUAUGUUCAAACCUGGAACACACACAUACCGACAUAGUGUAAAUACUUGCUCAUCCCAGAAGUUAUGCCAAAGGCACUACUAGGAGUCAGUGGUUCCAGCCCCUUCUCAUAGUGAAAGUUACACACACACACACACACACACACACACACACACACACACACACACACGAAUGCAUGCUUAAUGGAAUUCACAGGGCUGACAUACCAGCUUUGAUCCCAAGAACUCGGUCUGGGUUGGGGAAAGGCCUGGCCUUUGUCUCUCUGGACCCUGGGCAGUCAGUCAUUCCUGUCAGAUGUGAGAGGGGAGGGUGAAGUAGAACUUGGGAAGGGGCAGGGAGGGGAGGAUCCUCAGGGAACAGGGAUGCGUGUGCAAGGGACGAGGGAUGGAUAACACCAUCUCAGAAGGUGUUUCCAAAGUUCUGUCAGUCACAUUGCUUGUUCUGGACAAACUAGUCCCUUCCCUCCCGACCUGAGGGAGCUGGCUGAGGCAAUUCUCCCAUGGUGUGGUGGGCUCCCCUUAGGCUUGUGUGUGGCUUCUUUGAUCAUAGCCCCCUGGAUCUCUGUCAGCCUAGCAGGCCCUGCCUGCUCAUUCCUUCCCUUCAGCCUAUGUGCUUCUGGACAGCCCCAGCGUGACAGGAUCAAUUCUCAAAGGAAGUCCUUACUCUCCUGGUAGCUUUAUUUUCUUAUUAAUUCAGUCUUUUUGGUACUAGGUAAUUCCCUGGGGCUCCCGCCCAUCCUCCCACCUAAAGAUGGCUCAGUCACCUCUUUCAGCUCCCAGGAUCAGCAACCCUCCUCUUCCAUUUACUUCCGCUGACUCCAUAUCAAGUGGGAAUUUUAUUGAUGGGCUUUCCUGGGAGUGAAAUGCUGGUACCAAAUUACCUAGAGAAGGGGGGCAGCUCCUGAGUUCAGCCUGUCUCUCGGUAUAAAUCUUCCUAUCUUGAAAGGUACCUUCCUUCUCAGCUUGUUCGCUGGGGCAGCCAAGGUGAUCACAGUGAUCCUCCUUCCACCAAUGCCUGUAGGAACCCCGUCCUGGGGCUGUCUGUGCUUAGGAGUAGGCCGUGGACAUGGCAGGCAGUUCCUUGUUCUCAGCUCCUGGCCCACAAACUCUAACCACCAGUGGUUCCCAGCAAGCAGGACUGACGCCAGGCCAGACACACCAGGCUGGCAUCCUCUGGCCUGCGGGUAAGAUUCUAGUGGAGAGCUUGCUGCCUGGUGGUCAUAGCCCAGCCCAGGGAGCCAAAUGGCCACAGAGGAAGGCAGGGAGGCAGGGAGGAGGGGGCAGUGGAGUUCACUGAAUUUGUGAGGAUUUUCAGGGAGGGAAGGACCCAGGGAGGUCCCAGUCAAGAUGGCAGGUGGAGGAUGCCCCGUCUCCUCCCCUCCGAGCCUGUGGAUUCCUGGGUGGGGCUGCUGAAAGGAUGGCAAAUGCUGGGGAACACAGGCAUUUUAGGGAGGGCUCCAAGUAGAUCGCGUCUCUGGAAGUCAGGUGAGGUCUUGGUGGUGAGGGGCCCAGUGAAAAGAUGAAGUUCACUAUGGGUCAUGAGGGGGAAAUAGUGAAUUACAGCCCUUUCUUUCUUCCUAAUGUGGGGGGCUCAAGGUUGCAACCUGGGGCCUUUUCCGCCCACUCCUCCCACCCCUCUCUCUCCACCCACAAGCCUCUGCGUGGGCUGUGGUUAGUGGUGGGGAAGUGUGAACUCAGAAGAGAGAGGAUGGAAACUCUGCACAGAGGUCAAGGGCAGUGUGGGGUGGGUCAGGACGGAAGUCGGAGACCCCCAUGUACCCUGAGCUUAGCCUCCUGCCCCCAGAGCCAGUAAGCCCAGGGCCCCCUCCUCCAGACUUCUCCCCCUCCCUACUUCCUUUCCUUUAAGUCUCCUUAGGCCUGGUACCCAGAGCACAAAGAAUUAACCUCUUAGCACUUGCAGCCACAGGGCACCCUGAGGGUGGGCAGGGGCUCUGCUGGUCUGGCGGACUGUGGGUUUGGAAGGCAUUUCCACCCUGUGCACAGCUGCCGGCUGGGCCCAGAGCUGAGGGCGGCCCCUGUCAUCCUUCUCCCUGUAGAGACAUGCACACCUUAUCGCUUAUCACUGAGCGGUUUUUGUUGUUCUUUGUCAGAGAGUUUUGGUUUGGUUUUUGUUUUUUAAGACAGAGGUUCACAUAGUUUUGAACUUGUUAGAGAGCUGAGGAUGCCCUUCUAAUCCUUGCUCCCCCAGGUCUCCCUCCCAAGCUCAAACGUUACAGAGUGUGCUACCAACUGAGGUUUUUAUUUAUUUUAUUUUAUUCAUUUAUUUAUUUUGAGACAGGGUCAUACUAUGUAUCUCUGGCAGUACUGGAACUCACUAUGUAGACUAGGCUGGACUGGAACUCUCAGAGAUGUGCCUGCCUCUGCUGGGAUUAAAGGCGUGUGCUACUAUAGCCAGCGCUUUUGUCUUUUUUUUUUUUUUUUUUUUUGAGACAGUAUGUCACCAUGUAGCCUUGGCUGGCCUUUAACUAAUGGUGGUCCUCCUUUUUCUUCUUCCCAAGUGCUCGGAUUAUAGACAUGAGCUACUACAUCCAGCAUACUAAAUCUUAAUCCAGUACCUUAAAGGCCAAAGCUUUGACGUGGCCUUUCUCACCCACACCUGUCUGUCUAGACUGGACCCGAGGUGAGGUGCUAUCUCUACAAAGCUUUAUCUUACUCUCAUAAACAUGAGGCACUAAGACAUUGAGGAGCCAGGGAUGGGCAGUCCAGGCAGGUCCCAGCUUAGAGUGACCAGGCUCACUGUUGACUGCUCGGGUGGUUCUGCAGGUAGGAGGACUUUUAUAAGAGGGUGACCAUGUGAUUUGUUGACCAAAUUGCAUCACUUUUGAAAGUGAAAGGGGACAUUGUUAAUUAUGCAACUAGUGUGAACAGGGACAGGCCUGGGCAAACUAGGAAGCCUGGCUCCUGCCACACUGUGAGCUACUCAGUCCCACGGUAUCAGGGAAACUUUUGGGCACCUAGCCACCUCACUCUGCCUGGGAGAGAGAGGCUGCCCUGAAGAGCUCAGGUCUGGGGACCACAAGUCUUAGCUGGUCGAGGAGCAUGAGGGCUCAAGGCUCUGGAAAGGAAGUGGUGGAGCACUGGCUUGUUGCAAAGCGACUUCCUCCUCCGCCAGCCCACAACCUCAAGUCCGCUCCACGGCCUGGUGCCUGUGGUCCCCUCCCUGAGGGUCUGGCAGGCGGGAAGACUGAUGCUGGGUGUGCCUGUGGGUGGGUGGAAAGUUUGGCCCCUAAAUUCCCCUGCUGGGCGGGGUGGCUGGGGCGUCGAGGGGCAGCCAUGGGUAAAGAUGGAAGGGUUGGGAGGGCCGGGAAUGCUGUUUCUCACAGGCCUGCAUCCAGGGAUGGUUCUGACCACAUGGCAGACCUUUCUCUGGCGUCCCUCUCCUCACACACCUGAUUCUGUCCCCAGCCCUUACACUGUACUGUGCCUGAUUUUUACCCCUAUUUCUUAUCCUGACCCUCAACUGUACCCAUAGCCAUGACCACAGAAGAACUACCAGCCCCAUAUGUAGCUGGACCCUCAUGGUGGCUGUCAUUCCGUCUUUAACCCAGUCUCAUGACUUGGCUGCAUUCUGGCCCUACGGAAUCCACCCUGUACUGAGUCAGGAGGCUGAGGGAGUCUGUGUGGCUCAGAAGCUGCUCUGAGGCAGAGAGGUUUGGGAGUGGGCGCUCAGAUCUUAGGUCUUCUGGUUUGCAGGUGCUUCAUUAGUGGCUGUGAAGACAAAUGCCCUCGGGGGGGGGGGUUGAGAUUUCCCCGGACUACUGGAGGGAAGGAUGAAUGACAUGUUAAAAAAGAGUGGGAGCCCCCCUCCUGCCGGCUCUGCUGCUGGUGCGCCGGCUUCUCUAAAGACUCCAGGGCUGAGGUGCCCAGAGCAAGUGUUUGAGCCACUGCUCUGCGGGCACCAGGAUCUGCCCCGUCCUUGUGUGCCUGUCAGCCUCCUUCACUCUUCCCAGGGUACAGCACUUCUCUCAACACCUGGGCCUCUUCCUCCUCCUGUUCCCUUCUGCUUUCUCCCUUCAUUUCUCUCACUUCCAUGAGGUUUGGGAGCCAUAUAAGUAAUGUCUAUAGCCUGGACUUAGGAAUCUGGGAGACUGGUGCUCCUAUCCGAGCUUUAAGGACACGGCCAAGUGACUUUACCUCUGUGUACCUCUUUUCUUACCUGUGAGGUGGAUUGGCUUAGAGUAGGUUGUGAAGACAAGUGAAGUUCCCAGCAUGGAGCCUGGCUCCCUAUCAGUGAUCAUCACCCAGGGCUUCGUGUGCUGUUGCUCACAUGACCUGUUUCUCCCCCAAGCCAUGACUGUGAAAAGCCUCUCAGGUGUGGCCAGGAAGUCAGGAAGCGGGGUGUGUAUUCAGACGCACGUGUGAGGCUCUGUGUUGUGUUGUCAAGUUGAGUUUUUUUUUUCCACUGAAUUGGCAGUGUUUUCAGUGAGUCACUCUAGUAUGCAACCAUCAGUGUGUGAGGAGAGAGAAGCCAAAGAAAGGGCAUGCCCCACAGGCCUGUGGGGUGUCAGGAGGAGGCCAGAGCAUGUCAGUCUGUCCAGGGUCUCAGAAGUCUUUGUGAGGCUGGGCUGGGGCUCUUAGAGGAUGUAUCAGCUUGCUCUGGGCCCAGUGUCAUCUCGGAGAGGGUUUGAGCUCUCUGAGCCAGGGGCUUCUUCAGUUUCUUGUAGCUCCAAUUGUUUUCCACUCCAAGGAGAAUGCCAGGCGCUAGGCUGUGGAAACUAGGGUGGCUCCUGACAAGGGAGCCAGCAGGGGAGCAAGGGGCCUUGGGAACUGAAUGUGACAGGUGAGAUCUCCCAGGCAGGGUGUGAAGGAGCCGACCUGUAUCUGUCACCUGAGAUGCAGCAGGGAAGGUGGCUGAGGAUAGCAACUGCUUUCUGAGCAGACCUGACACUCCACAACUGUACUGUCCUGAGCCCCCUGGCUCCCCUGCUGUGUGUGAAGCAUGAUCCUGCCCCCCCCAAGCCCCCAGUCUGACUAGGAACACACAGCUCCUGCCCUCGGAUUGCUUUCAGUCUAAAAACUGAGACUUCCCUGGAGGAGUCCCCAGUCUGGUGUGGGACACACCUGGACUUCCUGGCCUGACAGGAAGACAUCACGCCUUCGUAGACUUGUGAGAUGAAGCAGAAGAUGCGUCUUACAAACAUGGGACCUGAGAUAUGGGUGAACUUGGCGCUGGCCUACACAGAACUGACAGAGGAGCUGGGUCGGCUUCGGGAGCUGAGUUCCCUGCAGGGGAGGAUCUUGAGGACUUUGCUGCAGGAACAGGCCCGCAACGCAGGCCAAAGGCACUCACCGCUGUCGCAACGUCACUCCCCGGCCCCUGCGUGCCCCUCACCCUCCCCGCCUGCCCGACCGCCGCCCUGUGCCCCGUGCCAGUCCCCCGCUGCACAGCGCCGUUCGCCCGUGCCCCCGUGCCCUUCGCCCCAGCAGCGCCGCUCGCCCGCCUCGCCGUCCUGCCCGUCCCCAGUCCCACAGCGCCGCUCGCCCGUGCCGCCGUCGUGCCAGUCGCCCAGUCCUCAGCGCCGCUCGCCUGUGCCACCCAGCUGCCCGGCCCCGCAGCCCCGGCCGCCGCCACCACCGGGGGAGAGGACGCUGGCCGAGCGUGUCUACGCCAAGCCGCCCAGCCACCACGCCAAGGCCGGCUUCCAGGGCCGCCGCAGCUACUCGGAGCUGGCGGAGGGGGCGGCCUACGCUGGUGCCUCCCCCGCCUGGCUACAGGCCGAGGCUGCCACACUUCCCAAGCCCCGCGCCUAUGGCGGCGAGCUCUACGGCAGGCCGCUCAGCCCGCGCCGAGCCUUUGAGGGCAUCCGCCUGCGCUUUGAGAAGCAGCCAUCUGAAGAAGAGGAGUGGGCUAUGCCGGCCAGCCCGCCCAGUCCCGAAGCGGGCACCAUCCGCUGCGCUUCAUUCUGUGCGGGCUUCCCCAUCCCAGAGUCGCCUGCGGCCACCGCCUAUGCCCACGCUGAGCACGCACAGUCCUGGCCAUCCAUCAACCUACUGAUGGAGACGGUGGGCUCUGAUAUCCGCAGCUGCCCCCUCUGCCAGCUGGGUUUCCCUGUUGGGUACCCAGAUGAUGCUCUCAUCAAACACAUAGACUCCCACCUUGAGAACAGCAAGAUCUAGGGCACCUCUCCCACAAUUGGCUGUUUCUCUGUUCUCUCUCUCAUCGCCCCCCCAAACACUCACUUUGAAUGCUGCAUGAAUCUCGUGGGGGGCCCCUGCCCCUUGCGGUCCCCAGAUACCUCCACUAGCUACCGAGUCAAUGUGUGUGCCGUCUUCCCUGGUCCAGGCACCACUCAGCUCUGGCUCUUUCCUGGAGGUCGACCAAGGCUCUCCCCAUCUUCCUGGUUUCCACUGGGGAGCGGGGAUCUGGUCUGGGAUGAGGAGGAUAUACCCUCCACCUCUCUCUGCCUUUCUGUUCUUCAACAGGGUUGUCUCCAAGAGGAAGUCUAGUGCUCAGGGGAGGGAGAGGAGGAGGUGUCAAGAGCUCUGGGAGCCCCUUCCCAAAUGUCUGUCUUUCCUGGGCUGUGUUCUUCCAGGAAAGACCUCUUGAUAGGGUCUCAGAGCCUGCCCUGCACACUGAUGCCAGCCCUUCUGUCUCAUGACCGACCAGCUUGGGGCUCGUGGUACUGGGGAAGGAGGCAUCUUAUUUCUUGUUAGUCACUGCAGGCCAGCUCUGUUCUCCCCCUCUGCUCACCCUGGGAAACCAGGUGGCAGAGGGGUGGGAGGACCCUGCAGGCCUUGGAUGAUCCAGCCCAAAGGGGCUGCCUUGAGGCUGGGACUCCUGGGCCAUUACCCUCAAUCCAGGGAACUGUCUGCCAGCCUCACAGGCCUGGGCUCUUCAGGAGCCCCUGGCACUAAGGUGCAGAUCACCAAGGCAGAUGCCUCCCCCCAUCACCCCCACUGCAGCUCCUGACACCACAGGUUCCCCAGAGCCCAAGUGUGACUCAGCCUGUGUUUGCUGGGUAGGUGUCAUCAGCCCCUGCCUUCCAGGCCAGAACCUGAGAUUGGGCCCAGGGUGCUGUGGAGAUUAAUUUCAAAAGAGCUAACCCCCUUCCCAUACCUACCCACCCACCCCUAUAUUCCCUCUGUGAAAUCUACCUCAGAGUCCUCCCCUCAGAAAGACAGGGGAGUGGGAGGCUGGGGCCCCAGGCUGAGGUGGGAGCCUCCCGAGGGAGUCUGCUGCCCACUAUGAAUCCACCCCUCGCUUUGAGCCUCCCUGGGGCCUCGGCCAGCCGAUGGCAGUGAACGCCACUGUCCAUCGAAUGUGCCAUUCUGAUCCAAAUCUUCCAGGCCCCCUCCCCACACCCCUCCUUCCUCUGUGAAGGGGGUGAGGGGUAUGUCAGCAGGGAAGGGGCCAAGGACUCCAGAGACAUGUCAUUGUACCCUGAGUGUUCCCCAGGGAGGGGACAUGGGGAAGGGGGCCUGUAGAGGGGAGAGAGGGCCAAGUGCUCUCUGAACAAGUUGAAAGUCCAAAUAAAACUUACCUGUUCCAUCUG